AUGGCUGACCAGGGUGAGGUCGAUCUGGAUUCCAUCAUCGACAGACUGCUGGAAGUGAGGGGUAGCCGGCCCGGAAAGCAGGUCCAGCUGCUGGAGUCGGAGAUUCGCCAUCUGUGCACCAAGGCGAGGGAAAUCUUCAUCUCGCAGCCCAUAUUACUGGAGUUGGAAGCGCCGAUCAAGAUAUGUGGCGAUAUUCACGGCCAGUACUACGAUCUGUUGCGUCUUUUCGAGUACGGCGGUUUCCCUCCCGAGGCAAAUUACUUGUUCCUGGGAGACUAUGUAGAUCGUGGCAAGCAGUCGCUCGAGACAAUCUGCCUGUUGCUGGCCUACAAGAUCAAGUACCCGGAGAACUUUUUCAUCCUCCGUGGUAACCACGAGUGCGCGUCGAUCAAUCGUAUCUAUGGCUUCUACGAUGAGUGCAAGCGAAGGUACAACAUCAAGCUAUGGAAGACGUUCACCGACUGCUUCAACUGCUUGCCCAUUGCGGCGAUUAUCGAUGAGAAGAUCUUUACGAUGCACGGGGGCUUGAGUCCCGACUUGAACUCGAUGGAACAGAUCCGUCGUGUGAUGCGACCUACUGAUAUUCCCGAUUGCGGUCUGCUUUGCGACCUGCUCUGGUCCGAUCCCGACAAAGACAUUACCGGCUGGAGUGAGAACGAUCGUGGAGUAUCAUUUACAUUCGGACCCGACGUCGUAUCGCGCUUCCUCCAAAAACACGAUAUGGAUCUCAUCUGCCGUGCGCACCAAGUCGUCGAAGACGGGUAUGAGUUCUUCUCGAAGCGACAGCUCGUGACCCUUUUCAGCGCGCCGAACUAUUGCGGAGAAUUCGACAACGCAGGAGCAAUGAUGAGCGUUGAUGAGAGCUUGCUUUGUUCAUUCCAGGUAAGCACUGUUUUGUCUGGCUAUUCCUUUCGUCUUCUGGAUUACUGA